AAUACCACCUCAAGAUCCUAGAAUUCUCGUUGCUAGCUAGUGUUGUAUUUUUCUUAAAGUGACAAACAAAAAGGAAAUGAAGAGGAGCAGAAGCUUUUCCUUACUCUUUUACCUGUACUUGUUGGUGAUUGUCUUUGCCACCUUCUCUAUAGUUUCCAUGGAAGCAAGGAAGACUAACAUCAAGAAAAAACUUCACAAACGUCACAAAGGUGGUCACACUCGAGGGUCACAUUCUCCAUGUCCAGUUCCAGCCCCUCAAGGGAGUACCUUUGAUGUUUUGGCUUUUGGCGCCAAGGGAAAUGGAGUUUCUGAUGAUUCAGAGGCACUUCUAGCUGCAUGGAAUGGUGCAUGUAAAGUUGCUGCUGCUACAGUUAAAAUUCCAGCACAAUUCAAGUUCCUCAUGAAACCUGUUACUUUACAAGGCCCUUGUAUGCCCGAUCUUACUCUUCAGAUAGAUGGAACUCUAUUGGCACCUUCUGAAGCAUCUUCCUGGCCACAAUCUAGUCUGUUUCAGUGGAUAAAUUUCAAGUGGGUGCAGAACUUCACCAUCAUAGGUUCUGGCACUGUUGAUGGCCAAGGCUAUAAUUGGUGGAGCUCCUCAGAAUUUUAUGACAUGCAGAAGAAGACCUACUCCAAACAUAUUCCUAGCAUUAAACCAACCGCUAUAAGAUUCUACUCUAGCAACUUUGUAACAGUUCGUGAUAUCAGAAUCAUAAACAGUCCUCUUUGCCAUCUAAAAUUUGACAACUCAAAGGGGAUUAAAGUUAACAACAUUACAAUAUCCUCCCCCGAGAAUAGCCCCAACACUGAUGGCAUUCACUUACAAAACACACAGGACGUAGAAAUUCAACGUUCUAUCAUUUCAACAGGAGAUGACUGUGUAUCCAUCCAAACUGGUUGCUCUAAUGUUCAUGUCCACCACAUUAAUUGUGGACCUGGACAUGGUAUAAGUUUGGGAGGAUUAGGAAAAGACAAGACUAGUGCGGCAUGUGUGUCUGACAUCACUGUUGAGGAUAUCUCAAUGAAAAACACUCUAUUUGGAGCAAGGAUCAAAACAUGGCAGGGAGGCAUUGGCAUGGUUAAAAAUGUGACAUUUUCCAGAAUUCAAGUCUAUGAUGUCAUGUACCCAAUAAUGAUAGACCAAUACUAUUGUGACAAGGAAAUCUGCAAGAACCACACAAGCACUGUGGUGAUUUCUGGGGUUAAGUUUGAUCAAAUACAUGGAACUUAUGGCAUGCAGCCUGUGCAUCUAGCUUGCAGCAAUUCCAUACCAUGCACAGAUGUUGAUUUGAGCGAUAUUCAACUGAGUCCCUCCCCUAAGUAUAGAGGUUUGCAACAAGCUGUGUGCUGGAACUCCUAUGGAAAAUCACAAGGUCCUUUGAUACCUUCAAGCAUUGAUUAUUGCUUGAGAAGUGGUGGUGGAUUAAUCAAGAGGAUAGCAAGGUCACAUGAUAGAGUGUGUUACUAAUUGCAGAUGAUAAGAACUUUUAGUUUUGAGCCUUGUGGGUGUGGCAGCUUCCCUUUCUACAAAUAUAUUUUAAACUGUGGGAAGGUGAUGGUGUAAUUAAUUUAGUUCUUUUUUUUUUCCAUUGGAAUUAAUGUACCAAUAGACUUUGUUUAUUAGUUCAUUGUUGAGUGAGACCAAACAUUUGAGUUUUAACUGAUGAAUAUUUUUUUUGUUAUUCUCCA